UUAGUCUUAUCUGCCUCUACUAACAUUUUACUUUCGAUUCGAGUUGUUGCGCAGUUUGUAUCAUCGUUUUUAUACGAAGAGAAAGCACCUUCUUCUGCCAGAGACUGUCUUAAAACAAAGAAUCAUGAAGGAGUUGCUUUUCCUGGUCGUUGUUCUCUACGCGUCUUCUGCUGUUGUGGCUAAAACAGUCUCGCCCAAGGUGCAGAUCUACAGUCGCAACCCUGGGCUGUACGGGAACAGAAACGUCCUCAUCUGCCACGUCAGCGGCUUCCACCCACCGGAGAUCAAAAUCGACUUGCUGAAGAAUGGACAGGAAAUAGCUGAUGUCAAGCAGACUGACCUGGCCUUUGAGGAGAACUGGCACUACCACCUCACCAAGCACGCGGAUUUCACUCCAGUGGAAGGAGAGCACUACAUGUGCAGAGUGACACAUGUGGGAACGACAACACAGCAUGAAUGGGAGGCUGAUGUGUAAGACGUACACACACUGUACCACAGUAAAGGUGUUUCCUGCUUGUAAAGGAUGAAGUUUGACAUUUGCCUAUAAUGUUGAAUUUGUGAAUUUUGGCUCUCACAGAAAGUAAACAAGAACACAAAUUGGAAUUUAAAAAUGUUUUUUGAACUUUCUGAACAGAGUAAAGUAACGUUUUGUCAUAUGAGUCAAACAUUUUGUUUUUCUUAUCUUGCCUCGGGUUAUUGUCUUGGAUCUGGUUUUUGUCAACUUGUCUUACUUUUAUGAACUGCAGGUUAGCCUAAAUCUAAAAAAACAAAAUAACAUUUACAUUUUAUCAUUUACUAUAUUAAUCACAUGUGAUCUCCUUUCUGAUGGUGUGAGGUUAGAACAGGCUAAAUCUGCAUUUUAUCUUAACUUUCAUGUUUUAUAUGUAAAGCUUCAAAGUCGAUUAAAAAAAAAAUUCUGUUUAAUAAUAACUUAGAAAUGAUGUAAAGGUGCCUAUUUCAUAGGAUUUUUGCAUAUAUGAUUUAAACAAAAUAAAAUAUAAGAUGUUA